UGGUUGGAAGCCGUUGCCUGUUGCUGUGAUCCUGCGUGGGCUCAGGGCUGUGUCGGUUUCUGCUGCAGGGGCUACUGGGAGCAGCAUGGCUGCAGGUUCACCUCCGUCAUCCCCACCAAUGUGUUCGGACCUCACGACAACUUCAACAUAGAGGAUGGACAUGUGCUUCCCAGUCUGAUCCACAAGGUUUAUCUGGCAAAACGGGAUGAGACCUCUCUGCAGGUCUGGGGCACUGGUUCUCCCAGGAGACAGUUCAUUUACUCACUGGAUCUCGCGAGGCUGUUCAUCUGGGUGCUGCGCGAGUACGAGGAGAGGGAGCCCAUUAUCCUCUCUGUUGGGGAAGAGGAUGAGGUGUCCAUCAAAGAAGCAGCUGAAGCCAUUGUCAAGGCCAUGGACUUCAAGGGAAACGUCAUCUUUGAUACAAGCAAAUCGGAUGGGCAGUUCAAGAAAACGGCCAACAAUGCAAAGCUACGAAAAUACCUGCCGGACUUCAGGUUCACACCUUUCCACCAAGCUGUGAUGGAGACGUGCAGCUGGUUUGUGCAGAACUACGAGUCUGCACGCAAGUGAGGGCGUCUGGGCUUCGCGGGCACCACCACGGACAGACGGAAGGGGCCUUUGUCUCUUUGUGCAGGGUCAACCACUGCAGCCACACAUACAGACACGGGGCAUACAGGGAACAUUGCAGCUACGUGAUGUAGGGUGGCUAGGGUCUCUACCUCUUCCACUGUUUACCAAACCAAGACAGACUUCUCCAUCAGCCUCAGUCUAUCAAAACAGUGCUGUCUACCGGAAUAAAAUUCAGCACACAAUUCCUGCCACCUGAACACAGGGUCAUAUCUGGACAGUUGCUAACCCCAAGUGUGGCGAGUUUACUUUGUGUGUGUGGAGCAUAACACUGCUGAAGUGUGUAGGGUGGACAUUAAUUGUAAAACAGAAUCUAUAAAGAGUGCUAAAAAAAUAACGUAUUAUCGUGCAUCUUGGAAGCGGUAUUUUGAAUAUGAAUAUUUAACGUGUUUUUGGGAAUCGUCUGGCAAUAAAUUCUUGCAGGACUGUUAUCGUUGCAAUAUUUGUGGAGCAUGUAAUGAUCGAGUGUGAUGCUGGUUUGGUGUAAGGUAUAAGCUAUGUCAAUACAGCUGAUUGCUUUGCUGUUUUAGGCGUUGGUGGCUGGGGCUGCAUGGAUUUUAGCAAGCCAAAUUUCCAAGUUGACUUCAGGUCGGGGAUGGUGUUAAUAUGUAGUGUUUUUAUUUUUCUCCUGUGUCACUUUCCUCCUCGCGCUCAACACCCUGUAACUCUGCCGUAACUCUCCCGCUUGCGCUGCUCGCCUGCUUCGCUCCCCUCGCUUCGCUCAUUCCGUUCUCUCUUUCCUAUCCUCUCAACUGCUUGCCUGCUCUCGCUCUCACUCUCCUAGCCUCUCCACUGCUUGCCUGCUCCCUCUCUCUCACUCUCCUCCUAGCCUCUCCACUGCUUGCCUGUUCUCUCUCACUCUCCUAGCCUCUCUACUACCAGCCUCCCUGCAAUGCUCCGCUCUCUCUGCUGCUGGCCUAUUACUACACACUCUGCUAGCUUCUCCACUGCUAGCCUCUCACUAUAUCUUCUGCUAGCUUCUCCACUGCUAGCCUUCAGCUAUAUACUCUGCUAGCUUCUCCACUGCUAGCCUUCCGCUAUAUACUCUGCCAGCUUCUCCGCUGCUAGCCUUCCGCUAUAUACUCUGCCAGCUUCUCCGCUGCUAGCCUUCCGCUAUGUACUCUGCUUGCCUCUCUACUGCUAGUCUUCGCGCACUCACACUUAGGAUUCCGCUAGCCUUUCUACUGCUAGUCUUCGCGCAAUCACACUUAGGAUUCCGCUAGCCUUUCUACUGCUAGUCUUUGCGCAAUCACACUUAGGAUUCCACUAGCCUCUCUACUGCUAGCUUGUCUGCCCUCACUUCUCCAACCUCGCCGUUGCCUCCAGUGGGGGAUCAGCCAUCCUCUGUCUUCACUCCGACAAACUCAUCUCUCUGCCUCACACGCUCCCGUAUUUAUCCUCCUCAUUAACUGCUCUAAUUAAGCUGGCGUCCUCCCGUCGCCUCACGCCCGUGGCUUCCGCUGCUAAUCGCCUCAAUCUCCCGCGUACAUUUGCAGCCAGCCAAUCACAGCUAUGCAUCUUAAUUGACCGUCUCCGUCUCGUUGCUUUCUCUCGCAGCACCUGUUCGCCCUAACGUGACCUCACUGUCCAUAACUCUCACAUGCGUGCACACCGUUUGCAAACCCCCGCGCGCGUUACUCCACUACAUCACGGUUAGUCCAUCCCGGCUAACCGUAUAUACAACAAAUAAAUGCGCGAAUCUGUGACACAGGUUAUAACAACAAUAACACAACAACAACAAUAAAUAUGCAUAUAUGUA